ACAGAACGCUUCUUCCUACGCGAACCAAUUUAAAAUCCCCUUACAUUACAAAAGAAGAAAACCCCAAAGUCCCGACCAAGAUUUCCAUAUUCAUCCCUAAAGUUUCAACCUUUUAGAAAUUUGAAUUAGGGUUUUGAUAUUCCCAAAAUUAUCUAAAAAAGGAAAAUGAAUUUGGGGGAUUUGCACAAGGUCUGGGAAAUCAAAGCAUUGAAGAGGAAACCUGGAGAAGAAGAAGCCAAAAAAAUCUUAGAGAAAAUAGCCAAACAAGUUCAACCCAUUAUGCGUAAGCAUAAAUGGAGAGUCAAGCUCCUCUCAGAAUUCUAUUCGAAUAAUCCAGCUUUGCUUGGGCUGAAUGUGGGAGCUGGCAUCCACGUGAAGUUAAGGCUACGAAGGCCGAACCGGGAUUGGGAUUUUUAUUCUUUCGAUCAAGUUCUUGAUACAAUGCUUCACGAGCUUUGCCAUAAUGCUCAUGGUCCUCAUAAUGCCAGUUUUUACAAGCUCUGGGAUGAGCUUAGAAAGGAAUGUGAGGAGCUCAUGUCAAAAGGAAUAACUGGCACAGGCGAAGGGUUUGAUCUUCCUGGGAGGAGCUUAGGUGAAUUUUCCCGACAACCUCCACUCUCAUCUCUUCGUCAGACUGCAUUAGCUGCAGCAAAGAAUAGAGCACGCUUGGGGCCUCUGUUACCUUCUGGACCUAAACGUCUUGGUGGUGACAACACCAUUAGGGAUGCACUUAGUCCUAUACAAGCUGCUGCAAUGGCUGCUGAAAGGAGAUUGCAGGAUGAUAUCUGGUGUGGUUCCCAUUGCUCUAAGAUUGCUGGGGAUGAAGAAAACUGUGCUGAUACUCUGCAGGAUCAUUUGGACUUGGAUCAGGGAGGAGAGAGAUGGAGUAUCAAUGAUGUUUCCAGCAGACAUGCUUUUGGUGGAACCUCUCUUAAACGAAGCCAUGGGCAAGAUAAACCGGAAUCUAGCUUUGUGGAUUUAAGUUCAAGUGCCACUUCUUCUGCCCCUAUGCUUAAUGAUGAUUCUCCAGAAAAUCAAGGAGUAACUGUUGUGUGGGAGUGCCAAUCAUGCACUCUAUUGAAUCCACCAUUAGCCCCAAUAUGCAAGCUUUGCUACACGGAAAGGCCCAGAGACAUUAGCAUCAAGUACAAAUUUUGGUCUUGCAAGUUUUGCACCUUGGAAAAUAAUGUGAAACUGGAUAAAUGCUCAGCAUGUGACCAAUGGAGAUAUUCACAUGGUGCUCCUAUAUCAACUCCAGCUCCCAAUAUUGGCACAUAA